AUGAAAAAGGGAUAUAUGUUUGGUCCAAAAAAGCCAAUAUCUCCAGAAGAUCCAGACUAUAAUACGAAUCCAGACCUCUUUGAUGAGGCCUACUGCAUGGUCUAUGUUUUAGCAGCUGAAAGAAUCAAUUUGACAGAGGAUAAAAUGUUGAACAAGUUAAGAUACAUUCGUGAGAAAGCUAGUACAAAAUGGGGGUUACCUCAGGUCAUUGUCAUGACAAAUGUGGAUCAAGCAUGUCCUUUGGUACAUAAACAAUUACAGAAGAUCUACCUCAGCAAGAAAAUCAGAAGCAAGAUGGAAUGGUGCAGUGGUUCAUUGGGUGUUCCAAUGUCUUACAUCUUUCCAGUGAAGAACUACCAUGAAGAAAUUGAAACCAAUGAUGACAUGGAUGUUCUGAUUUUACAGGCUUUUAAACAAAUUAUGGAGCUUGCCAAUGAUCACUUAGAAAUUUGUUUAAAAAACAGAGCCAACCAGAAUGUGAGAGAGAAACAGCCAAAAUCUGUUAAAUGAUGAUUUAAACAAUCCAUUUGGCAUGGUGAUUAUUUGUAUGACCUAAUGUCUUAAAACACCACUUAUUUUAAAACAUGCAGUUAAUUAAUAUGCAUAAUAAAUUAGCAUAUAUUAUUUUAAAUCAGGGAAAGUUAAUUUGGUAACACUUUACAAUAAGGUUGUAUUUGUUAAAGGUAUAGCGGAAGAUUUUCUUUUUCCGAGUGGAUCAUCUAUAUUAUUGGUCAUCCCAGAUGUCAAUCAUUCUGAUGAUAUGUUAACGUAUAACCGUCGUACGUGCUCGUCCCUAGGUUUGCGUUCUGCACAUCCACACUUCACGUGUAUGUGUGUUGUGCUACGGUUUAAACCAUUCAUUGAAGCUCGCGUUCUCACUGUGUUUUUUUUUUUCAAAAUGUCUGAGGGUCGCAAGAAAAAAAGUGUCUACGAAUUGUAUGACAAGAAGAGAAAGGACUAUGAAGAAAGAAACAAGACCAAAGUGUUUAUGCGUGACUAUUUUUUUACACGCUGGCGUGAGGUAAUAGGACAGGUUGGGCUUCCCACGCGAAGUUUCUACUGGAAAGGUACAUUUUGUCAUGCUAUUUGAAGAAAUCCAUUUAAAAUCACUGCUAGUAAAAGUUGAUGUAAGCUAUGAAUAGCGAUGUCACAAGUCACGAACCGCACAGACAUGGUAAACAUGCCGACAGCAACUUGUAAACAGGGCGAAGAGAAGAACUACCUGCAUGCUCUCUCUCUGUCUCGUGCACGCGUUUAACAGGUGUUCCCUCUCGGGAGGAGGUAGAGUGUUGCGUGUGCAUUUUUUUUUAAAUGUGGAGGGGCGGUUCUUUUAAAUAAUUCGGGAAAAUCUUCCGCUAUACCUUUAACAUUAGUAAAUGCAUUAGUUAACAUGAACUAAAAAUGAACAAUACUUCAUUUAUUAAUCA